UGGAAACAUGGCGUCGAUAAGUAAAUACUUGACAGCCAAGAACUCCUCUAUAGCAUGUGCCACAAUCGUUGCCUUGUAUCUUCUCAAGAGGAGAAGACAUGCAGCCCAAUUAAAUUGACCCGUACUGUUAUGACAGGCUUCAUCCCUGUUUUCUGUUUAGGGGGAAAAGAUCAUCAGAGCUACAGUUGAGCAAAGAUGAGGCCAAGCAGGAAAAGACGGUGGUGGACAAGGUGUUCUUUGCACGUGUCCUGAAGAUAGUGAAGAUCAUGGUUCCUGGAGUGUUCUGCAAAGAGUCAGGAUACUGUCUCCUCAUCGCUGCUAUGCUGGUGGCCAGAACCUACUGUGAUGUGUGGAUGAUCCAGAAUGGAACCAUGAUCGAGAGUGCAAUCAUUGGUCGUUCAACAAAAGAUUUCAAGAGGUUCUUGUUCAACUUUAUAAAAGUCAUGCCAUUUAUCUCGCUAGUCAACAACUUCCUGAAGCUGGGCCUGAAUGAACUGAAGCUCUGCUGCCGGGUUCGACUCACCAAGCACCUCUAUGAGGAGUACCUGCAAGGUUACACAUACUAUAAGAUUGGUAACCUGGACAACCGCAUCGGUAACCCUGACCAGCUGCUGACCCAGGACGUGGAGAGGUUCUGUAACAGUGUGGUGGACCUCUACUCCAACGUCAGCAAGCCUUUAUUGGACAUUGGUCUGUACAUCUUCAAGUUGACCUCAGCCAUCGGUGCACAGGGUCCUGCCUGUAUGAUAGGAUACCUGAUGUUCUCUGGGCUCAUCCUGACACGUCUGCGGAGGCCCAUUGGGAAGAUGACGGUCAUGGAGCAGAGGUACGAGGGAGAGUACCGAUUCGUCAACUCUCGCCUCAUCACCAACAGUGAAGAGAUUGCCUUCUACAAUGGAAACCUGAGGGAGAAGCAGACCAUUCACUCUACCUUCCAGAAACUGGUGGAUCAUUUACACAAUUUCAUUGUCUUCCGCUUUUCAACGGGUUUUGUGGACAGCGUCAUUGCUAAGUAUAUUGCCACUGUUGUCGGGUACCUGGUGGUGAGCAGGCCGUUCCUGAACCACACCCACCCACGCCACCUACACAGCACCCACGCUGAGCUGCUAGAGGACUAUUACCAGAGUGGGCGUAUGUUGCUGAGCAUGUCUCAGGCCCUGGGCAGGAUCGUCCUGGCUGGCAGGGAGAUGAGCAGGCUCUCAGGGUUCACCGCUCGCAUCACCGAGAUCAUGAAGGUCCUGAAAGAGCUGAACUCUGGGAAAUACGAGAGGACCAUGGUCUCUCAGCAGGGAGGUAGAGAUAGUGAAUCGCUAGAUAGAAUCACCCUGGUCCCAGGAAGUGGUGAAAUCAUCAACAAAGACAAGAUCAUCAAGUUUGAGCAUACACCUCUUGCAACGCCUAAUGGGGACAUUCUUAUCAAAGACCUCAGCUUUGAGGUGACGUCAGGGACAAACGUCUUGGUGUGUGGCCCCAACGGCUGUGGGAAGAGCUCACUCUUCAGAGUCCUGGGAGAGCUCUGGCCUCUGUUUGGUGGCCGUCUCACCAAACCUGAGAGAGGGAAGCUCUUCUACGUUCCCCAGAGGCCAUACAUGACCCUGGGCUCUCUGAGAGAUCAGGUGAUCUACCCAGAUACAGUGGAGGACCAGAUGAGGAAGGGGACCUCUGAUAAGGUGCUGAAGGAGUACCUGGACAAUGUUCAGCUAGGUCACAUCCUGGAGCGGGAGGGAGGCUGGAACACGGUCCAGGACUGGAUGGACGUCCUCAGUGGAGGAGAGAAACAGAGGAUGGCUAUGGCCCGUCUGUUCUACCAUAAGCCCCAGUUUGCCAUCCUGGAUGAGUGCACCAGUGCUGUGAGUGUAGAUGUGGAGGACUUCAUCUAUAGCCACUGUAGGACGGUGGGCAUCACGCUGUUCACGGUUUCUCACAGGAAGUCUUUGUGGAAGCACCAUGAGUACUACCUGCACAUGGACGGAAGGGGGAGCUAUGAGUUCAAACCCAUCACCCAGGAAACGGUGGAGUUUGGGUCAUAACGAUCUCACCAUAGCCAAGUAUUGCACACAGAGAUGGUCCUAAGUAAUUCUGCACUUCAUGAAGCCUAGAGCACAGAGGUCAAGUCCUAACAUCUUAAAAUGUUACGCUAGAGUAUGAAGACAGAGCUCUCUCAAUGUCAAGAGAGAAAAACUUAAACCUGUACAUUAAAGGUAGGGUCCACAAUGUAACAUCAUCAUGCACGGUACACUUCCUGCUUACAGAAAUAUUAAACAAAAUGUAAGUCUGCUGAGACCGACAGUAUUGGUUCUUCCUUAGGGCAGAUUUUGAAUUCUGUUUAUGCCUGGAAACAGGAAGUCGCCCCACUGUAUGAUGAUGUCAUAUGCGGUCUACCAUUUAAGGACGUGUGUGUCUGUACGGGUGAGUUUUAAUUGUAUAUGAAGCAAAUAAUGUACUAAAAAGCUAGCCUUACCGAUUUGUUUUAUUUCCGUUAAUGUUGCAUUGUUUUUAUUUAUUUAAAAUGUUCAGUUUUGAUGUUUAUGAAUUGAGAUGUCAGAGUUCCAUGAAGUGAUUUGUUUUUUAAAAUGUUUGUCUAGUGCAGGUUAAAUACUGAAGUGCAUUCUUCUUUCAUGAAGCCAGUUACUGUAUCUUAAGCAUAGCUAGUCUGACUCAGUCAACUACAGUUCAUACAGUACAUGUACCUGAAAAUGUCUUCUUUUUUUGUCUCCUAUAGUAAAAUCCCUCCGUUUAGGUUAAGGUACAGUAACUGUACUGUAAGUUGAGCUUUGAUUAUUUUGUUAAGGGUAUUAAGGACGUGGGAUUUGUUUGUUUUCAUAGGACAGUUCAAAUGCAAUCGCUAUGAGCUGAACUACACAUUAAUAUAUAUUUCUCGAAAACAAUUAA